AUGGCUACUCCGUCUCCCGCCCGCGAUCCUCAGAAAGAGGACGUCAAAGUCCCAGAAAUCACCCGCAAUCCUCCAGAUAACCCAAAUCUCCACAAAGACGACAAUAUGCCCCCUCAAGAUGCUCCCGCCGUCCGCUUCGCUUCUUCCGUCGAAGAGAUAACACCAGCCGUCACCACGACAUCACCCACCGAGACUCUUUCUCCCACCGAUGCCGCUACCGGAGACGGUGAAGAGUCCUUGGCCGAAGUAACGCCCGAUCAAAUUAGAGCUCUCUCCAAGUCCCUUCAAGGUGCACCGUUGCAGCAGCGCCGGAUGAAUGUCUUUGGCUUCGAACCAUACUCACUACCUGCAUCACGCGUUGGCUCACGAGAGGAGGAAUCCGACAACAGUCGACUGCCAACCCCGAACUCCAGCGGACCGAAAUCACCGCGGUUUGGUCCGGCGCAUCCGAUGCAGUCACCUCCUCUGACCCCGGCGGGGACCGAUCCCUCAGACCUGACAGCCAGGAAGAGUAGAGAUCAAAAUGACGAUCGCAAAUCAUCCACGAGCGACCCCCAUGUAAUCACCCCGCAGGCUUCGUCCUCCCAGGACUCACCACCAUCAUCUACCAGGAAGGAGUUGCCCGUCCGAGGCAAGUCGACGGAGGAGGUACCUCAGCGAUCAGCUUCGGCAGAAGACCAACCACACGACACGAGGUCGCAUAGGAGGGGAAUGUUCUCUGUUGGUCCUGGAGGAUCAGUGCCGGUUUCGCGAGAAUCUAGUCCAUCUCGGGCCUCAUUGUACUACUCUAAGCCGAUGACACCAGGCGGAGAUGCCAACGACCCUUAUGCGGCUCACAAACGUCAACCACCAGCUCCGGCUCCUCAGCGGGGCCAGAUCGAUUCUAGAUUCGUCUUCUCGCGCCGGAAAAACAAACACGGGUCGUCGCCAUCUGGUUCUACCUCAAGUCUGGGCCGAGUAAGCGACAAACGACACUCCGGGCUCUUGGGCAUGAAGGGACAUGGCGACGAGCUGCAGGUUCCUCACGAUGACUCGGCUAGCAUCACGAGCAGACAAGGCUCCUUUGCCGACCUGAAGAGGUUUUUCAAGGUUGGCGGACACCACAAGAUGAAGAGGGAAGCUUCCCCAUCAUCGGUUCGAUCAGGCACCAAGACACCCCCUACUAGAGGGUCGCAACAUGUUCCCUUCGGAGACGACCACGGACUUACUUCGAAGUACGGAAAGCUCGGCAGAGUCCUGGGAUCGGGUGCUGGAGGAUCUGUUCGUUUGAUGAAGCGCAGUGAUGACGGUGUCGUUUUCGCCGUGAAGGAAUUCCGACCGAGACAUUCAUAUGAAACCGAGAAAGAGUACGUCAAGAAGCUGACAGCUGAAUUUUGCGUUGGCUCAACUCUACACCAUGGCAAUGUUAUCGAGACAUUGGAUAUUCUGCAGGAGAAGGGCAAGUGGUACGAGGUAAUGGAGUACGCUCCGUUUGACCUUUUCGCGUGUGUCAUGACUGGCAAGAUGACACGAGAGGAAGUCGGCUGCUGCUUCUUGCAGAUCCUCAACGGUGUGACAUAUUUACACAGCAUGGGUCUUGCUCAUCGGGAUUUGAAGCUUGACAACGUCGUGGUCAGUGAGCAUGGGAUUAUGAAAAUCAUCGACUUUGGUAGUGCCCACGUUUACAAGUAUCCUUUCGAGAGCGACAUUGUCCUCGCUUCAGGCAUCGUGGGCUCCGACCCCUACCUGGCCCCUGAAGUUUACGACGAACGAAAAUAUGAUCCCCAAGCCGUCGAUAUUUGGUCGUUGGCAAUUAUCUUUUGCUGUAUGACAUUGCGCAGAUUUCCGUGGAAGGUCCCUCGCAUGACGGACAACUCGUUCAAGCUUUUCGCUGCUGAGCCAACACCAGGCCACGACCCCAGAAAGCUGAUUAUGCCGUCAAAGUCUGCCAACGACCUCUCCAACACUCCUCAGAGAGAUAUUUUCGAGGACGGCAAGCAUCAUACUCACAAGCACGAGCCGAAAGAAAGCCAGAAGGAGAACCAGAAGGAAGUUCCCAAGGACGGCGAGGGGAGUGCAGCACAGGGCAGCUCGACGCAGACUUCGACUAAGUCUGACGGCCAGCAACCAGCCGACAAGAAAGAGGUCAUAAGAGGUCCCUGGAGGAUCUUGCGCCUGCUCCCUCGCGAAAGUCGUCACAUCAUUGGUCGCAUGCUGGAGAUCAAGGUGAAGGAUCGUGCGACUAUGCAAGAAAUUCUCGAUGAGCCCUGGGUUGCCAAUACAGUCAUUUGCCAGCAACCCGAGCCGGGCCGCGUUGUACACGCAGAGGAUCACAUUCACACUCUUGAGCCACCACAGCCCCCGAAGUAG